AUGAUCUCUCGUGGUUGGACGAAAACAGGAGAAGAUCUGAACUUCAUUCCCAAUCCACCACCCAGAUGUGAAGUGAUCGUUGUUCCUGUACCUCAAAUUGCUGAUAUCUACCAAUCAGUAGUACAAGAGCUCCAAAACAACGUUGAUAUUCAAGUCAAAGUUCAUUCCAUUGUUCAGAUUAAAAAUCCAUCAUUGGAAGAGGCAUAUCUAGCGAUAAAACAGCUGAUUGCUAAAGAAUGUGCCGGAGGAGAUCCGAAUGAACGACUCUUAUUUCAUGGCACGAGUGGUACGUCUAUUGAUGGAAUAUUAAACGAUGGAUUCGAUGAUCGUUACUGGAAUUCCGGAAAAUGGGGUCAUGGGGCUUAUUUUGCUAAGAAUCCAGCAGUGUCACAUGGCUUUGCACGCCAGGAUGCCACUGAUCAAACACGUGUGAUGUUCUACAGCAAAGUCACUUUGGGUAAACAGCAAACACUGCAAAAUACCGAUGGAAAUCUAAAGGCAGCACCCAAAGGAUUCCAUUCUGUGCAUGGUAUACCACCAGGAACUACCAACGUUGACGAAUUUAUUGUCUAUCGCUAUGCACAAGCCUUACCCUAUCUUAAAAUCACCUAUAAAGGAUAG